CCGGGGGAUGCGGAGCAGGCGCAGCGCAAGGCGGGGGGGACGUGCGGGCGCGUGGUGUGCUGCUCGCUGUGCGUGCUGCUGCUGCUGCUCGCCGUCGCCGUCGCCGCCUCCGUCUCCGUCUUCGUGCUGUACCAGCCCAGGGCGCCCGAGUUCUCAGUGGGGGGCAUCGCCAUCUCACAACUCGCACUCACACCGCUGCUGCCGCCCUCCCAGCCGGUUCAGCCACCCCUGCUGCCAGCCGCCGCCCCUUCCUCCUUGCCCACUCUUCCAAUUCCUGGGAACGUUCCCCCUCCUGCCAACAUGUCUCUGCCUGGCAACGUCCCUCUCCUUGCAAACAUGUCCCUCCCUGGCAACAUGUCGCUGCCGUCCUUGACUGGCCCGCUGCCCGCCAACCUCACUCUCAACACCGCUCAGCUCGCUGCGGCCGUCAAAGCUGCAGCCGCUGCUACCACCCUCCCUGCCAACUCCACCCACCCCGCCUCCCCUGCUGCUGCUGCCGCCGCUGCCGCCACCUCUAAAUACCUCUCCCCGCUCGCCUCAUCCCCGUUAUUAACAUCUCCACUUCUUGCCAAUGCGAACAUCACGAUCCACACGCCGAGUGGCAUGACUCUACUGGGGCUGCUGGCAGCGAGGGAGGCGGAGCUGGAUGCAGAGCUGAAUGUGACGGUGGUGGCGGGCAACAGCAACCACGUGGGCAUCUCCUACGAGUACGUCACCAUCACCGCUCGCCACCUCGGCUCCGACGUCGGCAAUGCUUCGAUCCCGGCAUUCCACCAGCCACCACGCAGCAACACCACGGUGGAGGGGCACGUGCACCUCACCCGCCUGCCCCUGCACCUCCUGCCACCGCCCUCCUCCUCCUCACCCCUCUCCGCCUCCACACUCUCCCGUGACGCCCUCUCUGCCCAGUCCACUCUGCCGCUACAGCUGGCAAUAGAGGCGAGAGCCAACGUGGACGUUUAUAAUAUCGGAACUCCUUAUGUCACGGUCAAUCUACUGUUUUCCUCAUUCCUCCCUUGUUGUCCUCGUUUUUUCGAAAUCAAGGCACCCUCUUCUUGUCACUCCUGCCAUUCAUCCCGCCCUUUUUCCCAUCUCCUCCCUCUCAACGAGCCCACCCUCUACUACAGCAACCUGUUCCCCCAAUCCCUCCCCCGCCCCCAGCGCCCCACACUGACAUGCCACUCCACUCACUCUCUGCACCAACCCGCGUGCACAUCGCUGCUCCCACUCCCACACUGCAUCCCUAUGUCAUGCAUACCUGGCCAAAGCAACCCUCGCCAACUUACCCUCCCCCCUGGCAGGUUGGCGUGGGAGGUGGGCACGGUGUCUGCCGACUCACAGGCACGGCACCUGCUGGCACCUGCUGGCACCAGCCAUGGUGCUGCUGCCGCUCACAAUGCCAUCGAGGCCCUGGAUGCCCAGGAGGGUGCAAGCGGGCCGAGAGGAGUGCACGGCAAGAGGCAGAAGAAGAAGCAUCAGAGCAGCAAGCGGAGCUCCAAGGGAAGGCGCUGA